AUGAAGAUUCAGUGCAACGUGUGCGAAGUCGCGGAGGCCAAGCUCCUCUGCUGCGCUGACGAGGCCGCACUGUGCUGGGAAUGCGAUGAGAAGGUUCACGCCGCCAACAAGCUCGCCACCAAGCACCAGAGAGUUCCGCUUUCCCUCUCUGCUUCCCACGUGCCAAAGUGUGACAUAUGCCAGGAAAUGGUUGGAUAUUUCUUCUGUUUAGAGGAUCGGGCUUUGCUAUGUAGGAAUUGUGAUGUAUCUAUUCACACUGCUAAUGCCUGUGUCUCUGGUCAUCAAAGGUUUUUGCUUACUGGUGUGAGAGUAGGCCUCGAAGCUACUGAGCGCGGUGCUUCCUCAUCCUAUGUCAAGUCACAGUCUGGGGAGAAAACAUCUGAUGCUAAAUCUUCAUCCAUUUCUAGAAAUGUUUCCUCCCUGCCCCAGCCAUCAAAUUUCAAUGAAGUAUUACCCCACCAAAUGGGAGGAGUCGAGGACUUUCCACCAAACAAGGUGUCUUAUGGUGGCGGUUAUGCUGCUGGAAACGUCUCACAGUGGCCCAUUGAAGAAUUUCUUGGGUUAAAUGAAUUCAGUCAGUAUUAUAAUUAUAUGGAUGGGUCAUCUAAGGCUGACAGUGGUAAACCUGGGGAUUCUGAUUCUUCUGUUUUGAGGUCUAGUGAAGAGGAAAUGGACGAUGAAGACUUCUUGGGGCGUGUUCCAGAUUCAUCCUGGACAGUUCCUCAGAUCCCUUCCCCUCCAACAGCUUCGGGGUUGCAUUGGCCGGAAGUCCCUCAAUAUACAUCUGACAAUCCUAUGUUUAUUCCUGACAAAUGUUUUACUUCAGUGCGGCAGCACCACCAUGUUCUACAUAAUUCUAUUCAUUCAAAACGGAGAAGGAACCUAUAA